AUGCCGCCGAGACGGCCUAAAUCGGCUAGCUAUCGAGAGACAGUUGUUGAUGAACUUGAAACGGCUGAGCACGAGUUAUCUCGCGUCAAAAAUGAAAUAAAACACUUGGAAAACAGUAUUAAUCGAAGCAAGGUUAAGGUCCUCGAAGGCGAGCUAGAAAAAACUGUUCAGGAAUUAGAUAACCUGAAAACUCAAUUCGAAACAUUAGCGGAACACAAAGGUGUUUCAGGUCCAGUCGAAAAUGCAGCUAAUCGAACGUGGAUUGACAAUCUUCCUGAAGACCGUCGUUGUCCGUUGGCUACAUCAACUCCAUUAACUCCAAUUCCAGUCAAUGCAUACAAUGCUGUAGGUUUUUCGCCCAUUGGGUUCCAGGGUCUUCCCAAAUUUCAAGUGGACAUAUUUCAUGGUGAUCCGGCGCAAUGGCCGGAAUGGUCUUUGAACUUCCGAAAUCUCAUUGAAGAAAAUUCAUGCUUGUCUCCGUCACAGAAACUUGGGUACCUGAAAACCUUUUUGGGAGAUGGACCUAAAAGCCAAAUUUAUGGCUUAUUGUUAGAUGGUGCUAAUUACGCCAAGGCUAUGAAAGAAUUACAAACUAGGUAUGGUAGCCCUGCAUUGGUUGUAGAGUCUUUCCUAAGGAAAAUUAGGGAAUGGCCGCAAGUUAAACAACUCUCCGAGAUUGGUAAUUUCGCCACGAAGGUUGCACAGAUGGUCCAAAUUUUCACAACUAUGGGUUAUUCAGCUGAUUUACAUGCAAUGGGUCUGUUAUCAGAUCUUGUGGCCAAAUUGCCGAUCUAUAUGAGAGAAUCCUGGGGCGCCUACAUUGUAAAAAAUGGUAGUAACCCAACGGUUCAAUUAUUCAAUUCCUGGUUGUCCAAGAAAGAGCAAGCCCUGAGAUUUGGUGGGUUGAAAUUUGACACGGGCUCCCAAAGUAAGCAAAAUAAUAAAUCUAGGCCUUAUACACCAGUCAAACAGUCAACUUUGUCAACAACGAGUGCUACCACUCCAAAAGAGUGUUACUUUUGUUCUGGCCCACAUUUCUUGUCAUCCUGUAGUGUAUUCAAAGAAAAAACCCCUGCACAAAGGGUAGAAUGGGUAAAGUCCCAGGGCAGAUGUUUUCUGUGUUGCCGGAAACGUUGUAAGGCCUCUGAAUGUAAUUCUAAGUACAGGUGUACAGUCAAUAACUGUGGCCGUCGUCAUUCUUCACUAUUACACCAAGCGCUAGUGAACCAGCAGGACAAUAGUUCUACUGCAAGUGUCAAUUUCAAGGUUGGUGUUGCGGUGCAGAAUGAUACGGUCCAUCUUCAAACUUUACCCGUCAGAAUACAUACACCAAAUGGUCGUGUUAUAGAUACGUUCGCUCUUUUGGAUUCUGGUAGCCAGGCAACUUUAAUACAAGAAUCAUUUGCCAAUGAUAUAGGCCUAAGUGGUCAGAGCACUACUUUAGUGCUUGGUAAUGUAAGGAAUAAUGAACAGCCGGAAAAUUCUUCUAAGGUCACAUUCUGGCUUAGUGAUCCUAAAACUCAGUCCAUGGCCCCUUUGAAAGUGAGGGACGCCUGGACAUUCAAAACUCCGUUCAAUUUCCCGUCACAAAAGAUUUCAAGCGGGAAAAAGAGUUGGCCUCAUACCAGAGAUUUAGAUCUGGUUAAUGUAGAUUCUUCGCAAAUUAUGAUUCUGGUUGGUGUCGGUGUCAAACGGGCACUUGAGCAAUUAGAAACUAGACUGGGCCCUGACAACUUGCCAAUGGCCGUGCGUGGUCCGCUUGGAUGGACAUUGUUGGGGGGAGAGAAUUCGGAUCUGAAAUCUAACACGUUAGUUUCGGAGCAUGUUAAGUGUGGGUAUGGAGGUCUACCUGACGACAAACUAGAAUCUCAGGUCAAACAAUUUUGGUCAACAGAAAGUUUUGGUUGUUCUUAUGCGCAUGCAUCAUCAGUUUCUAUUGAAGAUCAGCAGGCGAUAAAAUUGUUGAAUGACUCUGUUUGCAUGUUACCUGAAGGCCAUUACCAAGUUAGCAUGUUGUGGGCACAAUCUCCAGUUGAAUUGGUGAACAAUAGAACUAUGGCUGAAAGUAGGUUUGAGUCUUUGUGCAAAAAGUUGAAUAAAAAUCCUGACAUGAGAAGUAGAUAUGAAACUGAAAUGAAUGGCUACAUUGCAAAGGGGCAUGCACGUCGUUUGUCACCUGAGGAAGCUGAAUUGAAAUCUGAUCAGACGUAUUACCUACCGCACCAUGGGGUUGUAAAUCCAAGAAAACCCGAAAAACUACGUGUAGUGUUUGAUGCUGCCGCUAAGUACAGUGGACAUAGUCUGAAUUCUAAGUUGAUAUCGGGGCCAGAUUUGACUAACAAUUUAGCGGGAGUUUUGAUGCGUUUUCGUAAGGGUGUAAUAGCCAUGGCCGCCGAUAUCGAAGGCAUGUUUCAUAAUGUGCGUGUGCCUACAUCUGAUCAGGAUUCUCUUCGCUUCCUCUGGAAAGACCAUUUAGAAUCGCCAGACCCACCUUCUGAAUACCAAAUGUGCGUCCAUAUAUUUGGAGCAAAGUGCUCUCCAUGUUGUGCUAGUUAUGCUCUGAAACGUGUAGCUAUUGACAACUUAGAGUACAGUCGUUUAGGAAGGGAAACAAUUCUCAGACAAUACUACGUUGAUGAUAUGCUUAGAGGGUUUGAUGGUACCCCUCUGGAAGCUACAUCACUAGCGUUGGAAUUGAUCGACUUGAAUAGCAGGGGUGGCUUCAAACUUACCAAAUGGGCCUCCAAUUGCCCAGAGUUGUUAGAGGCUGUAGCAAGUGUAGAUGGUAUCAAAACCCAUUUGAAAUUAGAUUUAGAUGGUAGUGUGAUUACUCGAACUCUAGGAAUCGCCUGUGAUUUGACGCAUGAUAUUUUCAUAUUUGACACUGUGAGCUUACCAACUGUGGAAACCCUGACUAAGCGUAUCCUACUGAGUAUAGUCAGUACAGUAUUUGACCCAUUAGGUUUUCUAGCCCCUUUCAUUGUGAGAGCAAAGAUUCUUUUACAGAGUCUAUGGGAGAAGGGUCUCAAUUGGGAUGAUCCCAUUCCCCUCGAUGAGUAUUUGAAGUGGGAAACAUGGUUGUCAGAGCUUGAAGAUUUGCGUCUUUUCAGUUUGAGGCGAUGUUUUUGGCCAAAUGGUUUGAUACCAAUGAUAUUCAAUCUUCAUGUGUUCUGUGAUGCCUCUGAACAAGCCUUUGGUGCUGUUGCGUAUCUGCAGGUUAUUUCAUCCCAGGGAUUGGUUCACUGUACUAUUAUUAUGGCUAAGACACGUGUCGCCCCUGUGCGGAAGAAUAGGUUAACUUUACCUCGCCUGGAGUUGCAGGCUGCUGUACUUGCGGUACGCUUGUUUCGUACAAUUCGUGAAGAGAUAGAUGUUCAGCUGACUGCUGUUUAUCUCUGGUCCGAUUCCAGUAUUGUUCUACAUUGUAUCAGAAAUGACUCAAAAAGGUUCAAAACAUUUGUGGCAAACCGCAUAGCUGAAAUCAGACAAGAAACAAAUCCAUUUCAGUGGCGACAAGUGCCUAGUCAAUUGAACCCUGCAGAUGAUUGUUCACGCGGAUUGUUGGCCAAUGAAAUUCGACCUGGUCACCGUUGGCUUGAAGGGCCAGAAUUUCUACACUGUGUCAAUGAAAAUGGUUGGCCCUCACAAAGUGUGUUGAAUAGGGAAUUAGAUUUGGAGUCUAGUGAAGUUGUCAAUGAGGUGAAACACACUGCAGUAAUUUCUACAGUAGGUCUACAACAUUCAGUUGUGGACAUUUCAAAGUUUUCCAGUCUCGUGCCCUUGAAAUGUGUUGUUGCAUGGUGCUUUCGAUUUAUUCACAACGUGCGUAAUAAAAAUCGUGAGGUUGGCAGGCUCUCAAUUGCUGAAUUGAAUAAAGCAACAUUAUACUUGGUCAAGGUCGCCCAACAUGAAAUGUUUGGUGAAGAAAUUCGCUUGUUGUCUGAAGGUAAAACUUUACCACGUGGUAGCCCGCUGUACAAAUUGAAACCGGGUUUAAAUGGACAUUUGCUUCGUGUUGGUGGUCGUGUUGACAGUGCAAGGAUGCCCUAUGCUGCCAGACACCAGUUACUCUUACCAAAGAAACACGUUGUGACUGAAUUGAUUGUACAAGAUGUGCAUCGGAAUUUACUUCAUAGUGGGGUUGAACAUGUUGUUUCAUCGCUGAGACGUGGAUUUUGGAUACCAGCCAUCAGGCAGAUAGCGUUUUGUAGCUCGACGCGGGUGUCCUAG